AAGAUUCGCAUAAAGUAGAGCCGUACAUAGAACUUGAUAGACUUAUUAAUGAGUUAACGCGUGCUGAAGAAAAAUAUCUGCCUUUAACUGAAUAUGAAAUCCUGUUAAACAAUUUAACCCAAACUAUUCUGAAUAAGAAAGUCUUAGCAGAAAAAGAAAAAGUAGCAACUACAAUUAAGAAAUAA